AUGUCACUCCCUGUUCCAGGUGCAACACCUCGUCGACCUUCCGAGACAAAUAUGAACGCCCAAUUUGCUCGGUCGCCCCAACGAGACUAUAUUUCAUUUGGGUCUGUAGGUCGACCAGGCGUUUUUCUGCCGUCGUCACUUCCCAGAAGAUCUAGUUUAAUAGACUCUAUGACAAUGGAAGAGAGAGAAGAGCUUUUGACCCAAGAGCAGGACCUUUUGGCAGAUAAUAAGCUUUUGCAAAGGCCGCCCCAAAGAAAACCUUCGUUAACCUCGGUCAUCACGGGUAGAAGAUCGUCGGCAAUAGGGACCACUUAUGGGGCAUUUCGAACAACCUCGAAUUCAUCUCGAGUUGGGGUAGGAAAUGAAGGGGGUGGUGCAGCAACUGCUAUUUUACCUUCAGAAUCGGCUCCAUUGCUUUAUCCACCACGCGAGGAAGAUGAAGAAGCCGAUUUAACUUUGGGACGGCAGAUGACUCAGGAGGAAAAUGAGGAACUUGUUCGAGAAACUUGGAAGUCAGCGACGGCGAUGAGAGAAAUUACCACAUCGUAUAAACGAGAAACAGCAGUUUUAUUACACAGCUCAAUCCCAGUUUCUUUAGCGUUUUUGUUGCAAUAUUCGCUUGUUGUUGCUUCGGUUUUUUGCGUCGGCCACAUUGGUAAAAAUGAAUUGUCAGCAGUAUCAGUUGCAGCAAUGGUAGCCAAUAUUUGUGGCUAUGGAAUAUUUCAAGGAUUGGCGACAAGCUUGGAUACAUUAGCCACACAAGCGUUUGGGCGGAAGGAUUACGAAAUGGUUGGAAUUCAUACUCAACAAUGUACUUUAAUCAUGCUUAUUGUUGCAAUUCCUAUUGCGUUUGUUUGGAUAUUUUCAGAGCCAAUAUUUGAAGUGCUGGUUCCUGAAAAAGAGUUGGCGGUACUAGCGUCGCAGUAUUUGCAAGUAUUGAUUAUUGGAGUCCCUGGCUAUAUUGUUUUUGAGGUGUCAAAGCAUUAUUUGCAGGCACAAGGAAUUUUUCACGCAUCGACCUAUGUCUUGAUAAUAUGUGCGCCGUUUAACCUUGUGCUCAAUUAUGUUCUAGUGUGGAAUCGGCACAUUGGACUUGGGUUUGUGGGAGCUCCUAUUGCGGUAAUCACCACGGAUUAUGUGAUGGCACUUAUGUCUGUGCUUUAUGUAAUUUACGUUGAUGGGUUACAGUGCUGGCAUGGCUUAUCAAAAGACUCUUUACGGAACUGGGGUCACAUGGCCAAAUUAGGGCUUGCAGGAGUAUUGACACUUGAAACUGAAUGGCUUGCGUUUGAGAUUUUGACGUUUGCUGCAGCAAGACUGGGCACGACAGAGCUUGCGACUCAAACAGUAAUUGCGACGCUGGCGGUGUUGGCGUAUCAGAUUCCCCUUUCAAUGGGAAUUGCAGCGUCCACCCGAGUGGGAAAUCUUGUUGGCGCGCAGUUAGAACAAGCUGCGGUUAUGGCAAGUAAGACAUAUAUUUAUGCGUCGGUUAUUUUUGGCUUGCUCAACUGUUUUUUGUUAUAUUUUACACGGCACUCUGUCGGUAAACUUUUUAGUUCUGAUAAGGAUGUGAUUGAUAUGGUUGCAUAUGUGAUGCCUGUGACUGCAUUGUACCAAGUGAAUGACUGCAUUUCUGCAGUUACCGGUGGCAUUUUGCGUGGUCAAGGCCGACAAAAGAUUUCGGGGUACAUUAAUUUGAUUUUGUAUUAUGUGUUUGCUCUUCCUCUGGGUCUAUAUCUUGCUUUUAACAUGGGUUAUGGGCUGCGGGGGAUUUGGGGUGGCAUUGUCUUUGCUUUAUUUUUUGUCUCGGCAUUGCAAAUUUAUUUUGUUCUUACAGCUGACUGGAAGGAAGUGAUUCAGAUUGCUCAGGAGGAUGAUGAAGAAGAUGAAGAGUAG